AGAUUUAACGUUCAACCGUCUUGAAUUUUGAGUCAGUCGAAAAAGUGCAGAGUGGCAGAGAACAAGCCAUUAAAUUUAAUAUAUAUUUGCAAAAAACUUAAAAAAAAAAAAUACACACACACAAAUUAUUGCGGCGAAUCAUAUGAAAUUUUGCAAUUUAAACAUUAAAAGACAUAAGUGCUCUGAUAUCAAGUGUUACGUCAAAAUCUUUAAAACAAAUUUUUAAUUGUCAAAACUAUUACUAAUACCUAAAACGGUGACAGAAACAACCGAAAAACCAAACGAAACAAAUUUAUACAUACAUAUACAUAUAUACAUAGAUCAAGAAUAAUAAUAACAACAACAACGGUUAUCAACGAAACAAUUUUAAUUGAAAACAAGUAAUAUUAAAAAAAAAAAAUAAUAAAAAUGAGUGAUGAACCAGUCGUUGAUCGGAACGAUCCAGCAUUGAAGUAUCUUACGGUAGAAAAGAAUCAAUUCAAUGAUCCGGCAACGCAAGCAGAAUGGACACAAAAGCGUCUUGUUUGGGUACCGCAUGAGUCACAGGGAUUCGUUGCGGCCAGCAUAAAAAAGGAAAAUGGAGACGAGUUGGAGGUGGAAUUGGCCGAAACCGGCAAACGUGUUACUAUCCUACGUGAUGACAUUCAAAAAAUGAAUCCACCAAAAUUCGAUAAAGUCGAAGAUAUGGCAGAAUUAACUUGUUUAAAUGAAGCAAGCGUUUUGCAUAAUAUCAAAGAUCGAUAUUACUCUGGAUUGAUUUAUACAUAUUCCGGCCUGUUUUGUGUGGUAGUUAAUCCAUACAAAAAACUUGCUAUUUAUACGGAAAAAAUUAUGGAACGUUAUAAAGGCAUAAAGCGUCAUGAAGUUCCACCACAUGUGUUUGCCAUUACAGAUAGCGCCUACAGAUCAAUGUUACAAGAUCGCGAGGAUCAAUCAAUUCUAUGUACUGGCGAAUCUGGAGCUGGUAAAACAGAAAAUACGAAGAAAGUUAUACAGUAUUUGGCAUAUGUAGCCGCAUCAAAGCCAAAAGGAUCGGGUUCGGCCCCACAUCCAGCACUUAUUAUCAACCAUUCAUCAUUUGCGGGCGAAUUGGAGCAGCAACUUUUACAAGCCAAUCCGAUCUUAGAAGCAUUUGGUAAUGCAAAAACUGUAAAGAAUGACAACUCAUCCCGUUUUGGUAAAUUCAUUCGAAUUAAUUUCGAUGCUUCGGGUUAUAUAUCUGGUGCUAAUAUCGAAACCUAUUUACUUGAGAAAUCUCGUGCCAUUCGUCAGGCUAAGGAUGAACGAACAUUCCAUAUAUUUUAUCAGCUAUUGGCUGGUGCAACACCCGAACAAAAAGAAAAAUUUAUAUUAGAUGACAUAAAAACGUAUGCAUUCUUGUCGAAUGGCAGUCUUCCGGUACCUGGUGUUGAUGAUUAUGCUGAAUUCCAAGCAACCGUUAAGAGCAUGGACAUCAUGGGCAUGACAUCUGAUGAUUUUAAUUCAAUAUUUCGUAUUGUAAGCGCUGUUUUAUUAUUCGGUUGUAUGAAAUUCAAACAAGAACGUAGUUCCGAUCAAGCAACAUUGCCCGAUAAUACAGUUGCCCAGAAGAUUGCACAUUUGUUGGGAUUAAAUGUGACAGACAUGACUCGUGCAUUCCUUACACCGCGUAUCAAAGUCGGUCGUGAUUUUGUGACCAAGGCACAAACAAAAGAACAAGUUGAAUUUGCCGUUGAAGCAAUUGCCAAGGCGUGCUACGAACGUAUGUUCAAAUGGCUUGUAAAUCGUAUUAAUCGAUCAUUGGAUCGUACAAAACGGCAGGGUGCAUCGUUCAUCGGUAUUUUGGAUAUGGCCGGUUUUGAAAUCUUUGAAUUGAACUCAUUCGAACAAUUGUGCAUCAAUUACACGAAUGAAAAAUUACAACAAUUGUUCAAUCACACCAUGUUCAUUCUCGAACAAGAGGAAUACCAACGCGAGGGUAUCGAAUGGAAAUUCAUCGAUUUCGGUUUGGAUUUGCAGCCAACUAUUGAUUUAAUUGAUAAACCAGGCGGUAUUAUGGCAUUGCUGGACGAAGAAUGUUGGUUCCCAAAAGCAACCGAUAAAACUUUUGUUGAAAAGCUUGUCAACGCUCAUUCAAUUCAUCCAAAAUUCAUGAAAACCGAUUUUCGUGGCGUUGCCGAUUUUGCGAUCGUUCAUUAUGCCGGCAAAGUGGAUUAUUCGGCUAAUAAAUGGUUGAUGAAGAACAUGGACCCAUUGAAUGAAAAUAUUGUAUCGCUGUUGCAAACAUCGCAGGAUCCAUUUGUUGUUAAUAUUUGGAAGGAUGCCGAAAUUGUUGGAAUGGCACAACAAGCACUUACCGAUACCCAAUUUGGUGCUCGUACACGCAAAGGCAUGUUCCGUACCGUAUCGCAUUUGUACAAAGAUCAAUUGGCCAAAUUGAUGGACACAUUGCGCAAUACAAAUCCAAACUUUGUUCGAUGCAUCAUACCAAAUCAUGAGAAGAGAUCGGGUAAAAUUGAUGCACCACUUGUGCUUGAUCAGUUGCGUUGCAAUGGUGUGCUCGAAGGUAUUCGAAUUUGUCGUCAAGGUUUCCCAAAUCGUAUACCAUUCCAAGAAUUCCGGCAACGUUACGAAUUGCUCACACCGAAUGUCAUAUCAAAGGGUUUCAUGGAUGGCAAAAAAGCAUGCGAACAAAUGAUCAAAGCAUUGGAACUCGACUCGAAUUUAUUCCGUGUUGGACAAUCGAAAAUUUUCUUCCGGGCCGGUGUAUUGGCACAUCUUGAAGAAGAACGUGAUUACAAGAUCACCGAUUUAAUUGUCAAUUUCCAAGCAUUCUGUCGUGGAUUUUUGGCGAGACGUAACUAUCAAAAACGUUUACAACAAUUAAAUGCAAUUCGUAUCAUUCAACGAAACUGUGCCGCCUACUUGAAGCUUCGUAAUUGGCAAUGGUGGCGCUUGUACACCAAGGUCAAACCAUUGUUGGAAGUCACUAAACAAGAAGAAAAAUUGGUGCAAAAAGAAGAUGAAUUGAAACAAGUGCGCGAAAAAUUGGAUGUACUGUCACGCGAUGCACAAGAUUAUGAGCGUAAAUUCCAACAAGCCAUCGAAGAGAAAACGCAUUUAGCCGAACAGCUACAAGCCGAAAUUGAAUUAUGUGCCGAAGCUGAGGAGAGUCGUAUUCGUCUAGUGGCCAGAAAACAAGAGCUUGAAGAAAUGAUAUCCGAAUUGGAGAGCCGAAUCGUGGAGGAAGAAGAACGAGCCGGCAAUCUCAGUGCCGAAAAGAAAAAACUCCAGCUAAACAUUCAAGAUCUCGAAGAACAACUGGAAGAAGAGGAAAGUGCACGGCAAAAAUUGCAAUUGGAAAAAGUGCAAUUGGAUGCAAAGAUCAAGAAAUAUGAAGAGGAUUUGGCCGCAACCGACGAUCAAAAUCAAAAACUUAUCAAAGAGAAAAAAGCUCUUGAAGAACGUGCCAACGAUUUAUCACAGACAUUAGCCGAAGAAGAGGAAAAGGCAAAACAUUUAACAAAAUUAAAGGCGAAACAUGAGCUUACCAUUGCCGAACUUGAAGAGCGUCUGCUCAAGGACCAUCAACAACGCCAAGAAACUGAUCGUAGCAAGCGAAAAAUCGAAACCGAACUUGCCGAUUUGCGCGAUCAAUUAAACGAACGACGCAUUCAAAUCGAAGAAUUGCAAGUGCAGCUUGCCAAACGUGAAGAUGAACUCACGCAAACAUUGUUACGCAUCGAUGAAGAAUCGGCUGCAAAAGCCCAAGCACAAAAGAUCCAACGCGAACUUGAAUCACAACUCACUGAAAUUCAAGAAGAUCUCGAAGCCGAGAAAUUGGCACGUGCCAAAGCAGAAAAGUAUCGACGUGACCUCAGCGAAGAAUUGGAAGCAUUGAAAAAUGAACUAUUGGAUUCGCUGGACACAACGGCCGCCCAACAAGAGCUUCGAUCAAAACGUGAACAAGAGUUGGCCUCAUUGAAAAAGAAUCUCGAAGAAGAGACUGUGACGCAUGAAAGUUAUGUACAAGAAAUGCGACACAAACAUUCCCAAGAGCUUUCAACCAUCAACGAUCAAAUGGAAAAUGUGAAGAAAGCACGGGCCGGACUGGAAAAGGCCAAACAAACAUUGGAGGCGGAAAAUGCCGAUCUUGCUACUGAAUUGAGAAAUGUUAAUACAUCAAAACAAGAAAAUGACCGACGUCGCAAACAAGCCGAAACUCAAAUUGCUGAACUUCAGAUUAAAUUGGCUGACGUUGAACGAGUACGGUCAGAGCUUCAGGAACGUGAUGCCAAGUUACAGCAAGAAAUCGAAAACAUUACCGAACAGUUGGAAGUAGCUGAUUUGAAAGCAGCAGCAGCUCUUAAGUCGGCGGCAACAAUGGAAAGUCAAUUAACCGAAACCCAACAACUUUUGGAGGAAGAAACACGCCAAAAAUUGGCAUUGAGUACGAAACUGCGUCAAUUCGAAUCGGAAAAAGAGUCACUACAGGAACAAAUCGAAGAAGAUGAAGAAAUGAAGAAGAACUACGAACGCAAAUUGGCCGAAGUGAAUCAACAAAUGCAAGAGCUUAAGAAAAAAGCUGAAGAGGAUAAUGAUUUGGUUAAAGAUUUGGAAGAGGCGCGCAAAAAGAGCAAUAAAGAUAUCGAAGCAUUGCAACGUCAAAUUCAGGAAUUACAGGCAACUAAUGAUCGCUUAGAUAAGAGCAAGAAAAAGAUUCAAUCUGAAUUGGAGGAUGCAACGAUAGAAUUAGAAGCACAACGAACAAAAGUCUUGGAUUUGGAGAAGAAACAAAAGAAUUUCGACAAAGUAUUGGCCGAAGAGAAGGCAAUCAGCGAAGCGCAUGCCCAAGAACGUGAUGCUGCUGAACGUGAAGCACGUGAAAAGGAAAGUAAGGUAUUGUGUUUGACGCGUGAACUCGACGAAGCAUUGGAUAAGAUCGAUGAUUUGGAGCAAAAACGAAAGGCACUACAAAAUGAAUUAGAUGAAUUGGCCAAUUCGCAAGGCACUGCCGACAAAAAUGUGCAUGAAUUGGAAAAAGCCAAACGUGCGCUCGAAGGACAAUUGGCCGAAUUGAAAUCGCAAAAUGAAGAGCUCGAAGAUGAUUUGCAAUUGACCGAAGACGCAAAAUUACGAUUGGAAGUAAAUAUGCAAGCGUUGCGCGCACAAUUCGAACGUGACAUUCAAUCAAAAGAAGAGCAGGCCGAAGAGAAACGUCGUGGCUUGGUGAAGGCACUACGUGAUAUGGAAACUGAAUUAGAUGAAGAACGUAAACAACGUGCAGCCGCCAUUGCUGCCAAGAAGAAGCUUGAAAGUGACCUCAAGGACAUUGAAGCCACAUUGGAAAUGCACAAUAAAAUGAAAGAGGAUGCAGUCAAACAGGCCAAAAAAUUACAGGGUCAAAUUAAGGAUGCUUUACGCGAUGCAGAAGAUGCCAGAGUUGCAAAAGAAGAAUUGGCCGCUGCAUGCAAAGAGGCCGAACGAAAAUCAAAAGCACUUGAAGCCGAAGUUAUGCAACUUUCCGAAGAUUUAGCCAGCUCUGAACGUGUUAAACGCGCUGCCGAAGUUGAACGUGAUGAAUUGCUCGAUGAAAUGCAAUCGCUCACAAAUAAAUCAAGCUUGGUCGUUGACGAGAAGCGACGCCUUGAAGCUCGCAUCGCUUCGCUUGAAGAAGAAUUGGAAGAGGAACAAUCCAACUCGGAAGUAAUUUUGGAACGCAAUCGCAAAUCUCAACUUACCAUCGAACAAAUUAGUACUGAACUUGCCACAGAAAGAUCAAAUACAGUUAAAACGGAAAAUGCACGUGCCCUUCUUGAGCGUCAAAAUAAGGAGCUCAAAGCCAAAUUGGCCGAAAUUGAAACAACACAACGAACAAAAACAAAGGCUACUAUUUCGGCACUAGAAAGCAAAAUUACUAACACCGAAGAGCAAUUGGAGAAUGAAACGAAGGAACGUUUGCUUCAACAAAAGGCCAAUCGAAAACUUGACAAAAAGAUCAAGGAACUUACGCUCAACAUUGAAGACGAACGUCGUCAUGUCGAUCAAUACAAAGAACAACUCGAAAAGAGCAACAACCGUAUAAAGGCAAGCAAACGAAAUGUUGAUGAAUUAGAAGAGGAAUUGCAAAAAGAGAAGGCUCAAAAGCGAAAAGCACAGAGAGAAAACGAAGAGUAUUUGGAACAAAUUGAAGCACUUACCCGAGAAAUCAACACUCUCAAAAAUAAACUUAGACGUGGCGGCGGCAGUAUAAGCUUAAGUUCAUCUCGCCUUGCAUCGCGGAUUACACCAGAUGAUAGUUCCGUAAAGAAUGAGUCUGUUGAUGAAUCUUUGGAUGAAUCAAACUAAAUUAAAAAAAACUCCAAUUUCUAAUUUCAUUUAAAAAGGAAGAGAAUAAACCGAACAAAGUUUUUUUUAACAAAAGUAGAAGAAAAUGAAGAAGAAGAAGAAGAAAAACACUUAAAAAAAUAAAUAUAAUAAAUCCAAAUACAUUUGUAAAUCAAAACAUAAAAUUCCGUUAACUUUUAUGAUAACGUUACCAAGAAGGUUUGAAUUAUUACUAUCCUUUGUUUCCUUUUGUUUUUUUUUUUUCAUUUAUUUUAAUUAAUUAUUUUUCUUUAAUACUCGAAUAAAUUUGGUAAAUAAAACUUUUGUAAUUGCUAAUUGCAAAAUGAUGAUGAAUAUAAUUGAGCAUAAAAAAAACAAUAACAACAAACACCAACUAGUGAAUAUAUCUUUAUUAUAAACGAACCAAUGUGUCAGCCAAUUAUUUCAAUUCGGUGCAUUAUAACAGCAAAUCACUGUUGUGUUUUAACGUUAAAUUGAAAUACAAACCAUAAAAUACAAAUAAGUGAUUUGAUCAUUUCAAUUCAUUUUAUUCAAUUUGAACGUAAAUAGAUAGAUACAUCAUUGGCAAUUACGAAGAGAAUGCACUAUAUUUAUUCGAUGUGAAAUUCUAUGCUUAAAGCUCACACCCAGCCCAAUGCUUGCUGAAAUUUAUUUGAAUUAAAAAAAAGACACACACACAAACAAAUACAAUUCUUAAGUAAAAUGGCCUAAAUUUCUUAUGUAAAAUCCUAUCCAAUUGCUUUUUUAUUCUUUAUUCACUGUGUAAUUGAUUCAAAUGAAAUGAAUUUGUUCACAUGAAGUGAAUGAGAAAUAAAAAAUACAAAACGUGCUUAUGACCGUAUAUAUCAUAUUACGCGGUUUUUAAAAUACACAUGAAAUAUAUAGUUGCUUUUAAGCAUACCGUGCCAUUUUUCAACUCGUUUCCAUUGAUAAAAGUGUAAUCAAUUCGAUCAAAUAAGAAUGCAACAAUUUUAAUGAAAUACAACAAUCAAAUAACCACAUAA